AUGGCCAUGGUUGAUGAACCAUUGUACCCCAUCGCCGUCCUCAUAGACGAGCUGAAGAAUGAUGACAUCCAGUUACGACUGAAUUCAAUCCGUAGAUUGUCAACAAUUGCACGUGCUCUUGGCGAGGAGCGAACCCGUAAGGAGUUGAUUCCUUUCCUGAGUGAAAACAAUGAUGAUGACGACGAGGUCCUCCUUGCAAUGGCUGAAGAGCUGGGAGUGUUUAUUCCUUAUGUUGGUGGAGUGGAGCAUGCCCAUGUCUUACUGCCACCUUUGGAGACACUAUGCACUGUUGAGGAGACAUGUGUCAGAGACAAAGCUGUGGAGUCGUUGUGUAGGAUUGGAUCUCAAAUGAGGGAAAGUGAUUUGGUUGAUUGGUUCAUUCCUCUUGUCAAGAGAUUGGCAGCUGGAGAAUGGUUUACUGCUCGUGUUUCGUCUUGUGGGCUAUUUCAUAUUGCUUAUCCUAGUGCACCUGAUACGGUAAAGGCUGAAUUACGUUCAAUAUAUAGUCAGCUCUGUCAAGAUGACAUGCCAAUGGUCAGAAGGGCGGCUGCAACCAAUCUAGGAAAAUUUGCUGCAACUGUUGAAGCAGCACAUUUGAAGACUGACAUCAUGUCAAUGUUUGAGGAUCUUACCCAAGAUGAUCAAGAUUCUGUUCGUUUGUUGGCCGUUGAGAGCUGUGCUGCUCUUGGCAAACUGUUGGAGCCCCAGGAUUGUAUUGCACAUGUUCUCCCUGUUAUUGUGAAUUUUUCACAGGAUAAAUCUUGGCGUGUUCGCUACAUGGUUGCAAAUCAAUUGUAUGAACUUUGUGAAGCUGUGGGGCCUGAGCCUACCAAGACGGACUUGGUACCGGCAUAUGUUCGGUUACUCCGUGAUAAUGAGGCGGAAGUGCGUAUAGCUGCUGCUGGCAAAGUAACCAAGUUCUGUCGCAUCUUGAACCCUGAACUCGCAGUUCAGCACAUUCUUCCUUGUGUGAAGGAACUGUCCUCAGAUUCUUCCCAGCAUGUCCGUUCUGCUUUGGCUUCAGUGAUAAUGGGAAUGGCCCCUGUGUUGGGGAAGGAUGCCACAAUAGAGCAGCUUCUUCCGAUUUUUCUUUCCCUUUUGAAAGAUGAAUUUCCCGAUGUGCGACUCAACAUUAUAAGCAAGCUUGAUCAAGUGAAUCAGGUUAUUGGAAUUGAUCUUCUGUCCCAGUCUCUAUUACCAGCAAUUGUUGAGCUUGCCGAGGAUAGACACUGGAGGGUUAGGCUCGCAAUAAUAGAGUACAUACCUCUACUGGCAAGCCAGCUGGGUGUUGGUUUCUUUGAUGAUAAGCUUGGGAGUCUUUGCAUGCAGUGGUUGCAGGACAAGGUUUAUUCAAUUCGUGAUGCUGCUGCUAAUAAUUUGAAGCGCCUUGCUGAAGAAUUUGGUCCUGAGUGGGCAAUGCAGCACAUAAUCCCACAGGUCCUGGAAAUGUUCAACAACCCGCACUACUUGUACAGGAUGACCAUUCUUCGGGCCACCUCUCUUCUUGCUCCUGUGAUGGGAGCAGAGAUUACAUGUUCGAAACUACUGCCUCCCGUUGUCAAUGCAGCCAAGGACAGGGUACCCAACAUCAAGUUUAAUGUGGCAAAAGUGCUGCAAUCCCUCAUUCCAAUAGUUGAUCAGUCUGUGGUGGAGAAGUCGAUUCGUCCUGCUUUGGUGGAGCUGAGUGAGGAUCCAGAUGUAGACGUACGUUUCUUUGCGAAUGAGGCACUUCAUGCUAUCGACAACGCCAUGGUCUCAGGCUAG